GUAUGGUUUAUGGACAAGUGACAGAGGAUCUUGGACCAGUAGGACCUAGUUUUGACACGUGUGAAACUAUCAUUUGUCCUGUAAACUCAAAAUGUGUGGACGAUAUGGGAUAUGUUUCCUGCUUAUGUAAUCCAGGAAAAACUGGUGUAAACUGUACUAUUGACGACCCAUGUUUAGAACGGAAGACAAAUUGCCCGGCCGGAAGUGUUUGCUACGGAGACUGUGAUCCGAACGUUAUAUGUGAAGGAGCCACAGGUUUUGCUCAUUGCCGAGGUUGUGUGGCAGGCUGGACCGGCCUUCACUGUGAAGAAGAUAUCAACGAAUGCGACGAUACCAUCAACCCGUGUUUAAACAAUGGUAAAUGUAAUAACAUCAAAGGAGACUUUGAAUGCAUAUGUGCAAGUGGUUGGAAAGGAAAAGUAUGCGAUUGUGAAAAAGGAACUGCAUGCGAUUUCGAAGAGUCUAAGACAACCGUUGGACCAACUGGUAAAGGGACACAACUCAUUUGCAACAUAUCUGUAUUCAUAGUUUCUUUAAUUACGUACACAAUUUGGACUGUGUAGAUAUGAACGUAGAGAAAUUUUAAUUUUUUUUAUUUGGUUUUGACUGAAAAAAGUGCUACAGAAUUCUUUCUUUAUAAGCAAAGAUCUCGUGCUCUGAUUGAGUUAUUAAAUUGUGUAAGGUCAGUCUAAUACGCUAACGUCAUGAGAACUAUGUCAUCAUGGUCUUCAAACCUGGAAUAAAUGGCAUUUGAAUGAAAAGUGAAAAUAAAGAGAUUAUCACCGUGUGUAAGGAUUUGUUAACAUUCCUUUAAGAGUGAACGUAUUUGAGCAUACAUUUUUAAAGCAUCAAAUACAUGUAGAGAUGAAUAUGUGUUUUCAGUAGGGGAUUUCACAGAAAAUCAAUGUUAUAAGUAAAUCAAUGUCAUUAGUAAAUCAAAGUUAUAAACAGAUCGAUUGAACUAAAAAAUCAAUGCAAGUAGGAAUGGAUACAAAUGGAACUAGUAGCUCAAUGGGACUAGUAAACCAAUGAAACGCAUACAUCCAUGGAUUUUUUAAACGAAUGUUAUCUAGGAAAUCGAUAAAACAUAUAAAUCAAAGGAUUUAUUAAAUCAGUGGAACAAUGAAUCCAAUGAAACACAUAAAUCUGUAGAAUUAUUAAUCAAUAUAGCAAGUAAAUCAGUGGAACUAGUAAAUCGAUGAAACAAAUACAUCUAUAGAAUUAUUGAAUCAGUGGAACUAGUAAAUCGAUGAAACAAAUACAUCUAUAGAAUUAUUAAAUCAGUGGAACUAGUAAAUCGAUAAAACAAAUACAUCUAUAGAAUUAUUGAAUCAGUGGAACUAGUAAAUCGACGAAACUCAUACAUCUAUAGAAUUAUUAAAUCAGUGGAACUAGUAAAUCGAUGAAACAAAUACAUCUAUAGAAUUAUUGAAUCAGUGGAACUAGUAAAUCGAUAAAACUCAAAUACAUCUAUAGAAUUAUUAAAUCAGUGGAACUAGUAAAUCGAUGAAACAAAUACAUCUAUUGAAUUAUUAAAUCAGUGGAACUAGUAAAUCGAUAAAACACAUACAUCAAUAGAAUUAUUGAAUCAGUGGAACUAGUAAAUCGAUAAAACACAUUCAUCAAUAGAAUUAUUGAAUCAGUGGAACUAGUAAAUCGAUGAAACAAAUACAUCUAUAGAAUUAUUGAAUCAGUGGAACUAGUAAAUCGAUAAAACUCAUACAUCAAUAGAAUUAUUGAAUCAGUGGAACUAGUAAAUCGAUGAAACAAAUACAUCUAUAGAAUUAUUGAAUCACUGGAACUAGUAAAUCGAUAAAACACAUACAUCAAUAGAAUUAUUGAAUCAGUCGAACUAGUAAAUCGAUAAAACACAUACAUCAAUAGAAUUAUUGAAUCAGUGGAACUAGUAAAUCGUUGAAACAAAUACAUCUAUUGAAUUAUUAAAUCAGUGGAACUAGUAAAUCGAUGAAACAAAUACAUCAAUUGAAUUAUUAAAUCAGUGGAACUAGUAAAUCGAUGAAACAAAUACAUCUAUAGAAUUAUUAAAUCAGUGGAACUAGUAAAUCGAUGAAAAACAUAAGUUACUCAAUGGAACUAGUAAAUUGAUACAAAACGCAAAACCUCAAAUGACUUUUUAUUAUACUAAUUGAAGUAGUUACUCAAUGAAACUAGAAAAUCCAUAAACGACAUAUAUAUCAAUGGAUUUAUUAAAUCAGUGGAACUAGUAAAUCGAUGAAACAUUAAAUCAUCAAGUAAAACAUAAGCAUCAUACAUGUAGUUAUUUCUGGUCAACAAUUUUGCCAAUGAGAAACAGAAUGUCUUUUAAGCAGCAUAUACAAUGUACAAGUAUAUAAUGGAUAUAUGGUUUACAUGUACAAAUAUAUACAGUUGUGUAUGAAGCAUAUACUUAUAAUACAAAAAUAUAUAUUUUGGCAUACAAAGGAUUCAGUUGUUAACAUUUAAAGCUGUGUAAUUUAGAAAUGUAGCACUAAUGCUUUUUUUGUUUAUUUAUGAUAUUUUAAUUUGCUUUUUUGUUGUAUAUAUUUUGCAUAUACAGUACAACUUGUGCUUAGCAACAACCUGCGGAAGUUCAAAAUUCUGGUCGUUGCCGAGAGGUAUUGUCUUAGAAAGAUUAUUUUCAUUAUGAAUGUUAAUUUUGGGAAGAAAUUAUACUAUCGUUGUGCACAGGUUAUUGCUCUACAGAAGGUCGCUCUCCAGAGGUUAUACUGUAUAUCAACUUUUUUUCUUCAUGUUUUAGUUUGUGUUAUUAGUAUAUUUGUUUACUUAUAAAUGUAUGUAUUAAUGGACAAAAACAUCUCGCUUGUAUUUAAAGUAUUAGAUUGACAUUGUAUAUUUUUUGAGAAUGAAAUGAAGGUUGUAAGCAAUUUGCACUGUAUAGAAUAUAAUGUCAUAUAACAUUUUUUACCAGAUAAGUAAAUUUAUAUAUUAAAUAAUCAAAGACGGCAACACACACACACA